AUGGCAUUGAAAUCAGCAGCCUUAUUUGAAAAAAUGGAUCCUUUCAUCAAAAGUCAAGGAGCAGACUUGGUUAAGAAAAUCAACGCAGUCUAUUUCUUUGAAGUAUCAAAAACCAAAGGCGAGACUCCACAAGUAUGGACAGUUGAUCUUAAAAAUGGAAAUGGAUCGAUUGCUAAAGGCAAAGUGGGAACUGCUGAUGCCACAUUUACAAUGGUCGAUGAUGAUAUGAUUGCAAUGGCAUAAGGGAAACUGAAUCCUCAAUAAGCCUUCAUGUAAGGAAAGAUGAAAAUCAAAGGAAAUAUGGCAGCUGCCACUAAAUUUACACCAGACUUGUUACCCAAGGAUGCCAAGUUUUGAGUAAGCAUUAUAAUAUAAAUAUAUAUAUAAAUAAA